GCCACUACCAUCUGUUGAUGUUGAUCUCUCUCUCUCUCCGAUUGCGUCUCUGAGAAUCUGACUCUUAGUAAGAUUUGGGAAAUAGUUCAGACCCAUUUCGCCUCUGAAAUUCUUCAUUCCCCUUCAAGGCUAGACAACUUCAAUUUUCAAACUUUUAACAUCAUUCAAUCAUUAUAUCUGUAAUUUACUGCCUUCUGUUCUGGUCUCAUUGUCUCUCCCUGUCACACAGACUCACAGCCAUUGUUCCUUCGAAAGAAGUUACUCUAUACUCCAUGCAACAAGAAGGAUCAAAAGUCACAUUCUCAAUCUCCAUAUAAAACCAAUAAAAGAGAGCUCGCUCUCUCUCUUUUUUUCUUGCAUGGUCUCACACAAGCCUCUUCUACCAUGACAAGCAAGACCCAUCUCCAAAAUCUCGCUCUAAAUACUUUUAAUGGGUACAGCAGUGAAAGUAGCUCCUGUAGCCCACCUUCCUCCCCACGCCGUCCCGGGAAGGUCCCACAUCACCGGAGACGUUAUCGGGUAAAAGACCAUUUGCGGGUUCGCCCAGGAAAUUUCUUCGGCAGAGUUCUCUCUCGACGCAAUUUACGCAUAUUCAUUCUCCUGCCGCUGCUCUACAUCUCUUAUCUGCUCAUAUUGUUGGGGAUAGCGCUUCUCCACUUCUGUACUCCUCCUCCUCCUACUAUUUCAAUUUCUGCUCCUACUUCUCCUCCGCCACUUCCACAGCCGGGAUCGGUGUACCGCAGCCAUGAAGUUUUCCAAAACCUCUGGCCUGACAUUCAGUCGGAUAAUGUCUCCGGGAUUGAGCUGUCUUCUUUAUGGAGAUAUAGAAAGAGGCAGAAAGAAGGGAAACCUUGUAAAAAUACUAGUCCUGGACGGCGGCAUUCUGGAUCUUCUGUGCCCAGUGGUUAUUUGAUUGUUGAGGCUAAUGGUGGUCUUAAUCAACAACGAACAUCGAUCUGCAAUGCAGUUGCAGUGGCAGGGCUUCUGGAUGCAGUACUGGUCAUCCCACAAUUCGAUUUCCAUAGUGUUUGGAAGGACCCGAGUGGCUUUAGUGAUAUCUAUGAUGAGAACCAUUUUAUAACCACACUCAAAGGCUAUGUUAAGAUUGUUCAGCAAUUACCUGAGGUAUUGAUGGAAAGAUACCAUUACAACAUCAGUAAAAUUCGGAGCUUCAAGGUCAAAGCUUGGGCCGAAGCAAGUUAUUACAUGGAAGAAGUAUAUCCUAUCUUGCGAAAGAAAGGGGUUAUCCGGAUAGCUCCCUUUGCAAACAGAUUGGCAAUGGAAGUUCCGCACAACAUUCAAUUUCUUAGGUGCUUAGCCAAUUACAAAGCAUUGAGAUUCUCUGCUUCUAUUUCAAGGUUUGCAAAGAAGUUAGUUAACCGUAUGAUCAAGAAGAGCUCAGGGACUGGUGGGAGGUUUGUGUCUGUUCACCUUCGCUUUGAGGAGGAUAUGGUUGCCUUCUCAUGCUGCAUAUAUGAUGGAGGAGAGAGUGAAAAGUUAAAAAUGGAUAAAAUUCGUGAAAAAGGAUGGAGAGGAAAAUUUACACGUGAAGGUCGUGAAGAUAGACCUGACUUAAACCGGAUCGAUGGCAAGUGCCCUCUAACUCCCCUGGAGGUUGGAAUGAUGCUAAGGGGUAUGGGCUUUGAUAACAAUACAGCAAUUUAUCUGGCAUCUGGGAAGAUAUAUGAAGCAGAGAGGAAUUUAACUCCUCUAAAGAAGAUGUUUCCCCUUCUGCAGACUAAAGAGUCCCUUGCAACCCCAGAGGAGCUAGCUUCAUUUGAGGGCUAUUCUUCAAGGUUGGCUGCUUUGGACUACACCGUUUGCUUGUUUAGUGAAAUUUUUGUGACAACUCAAGGUGGUAACUUCCCCCAUCAUCUGAUGGGCCACAGGCGGUUUUUGUAUGGACAUGCCAAGACCAUCAGGCCAGACAAACGCAAACUAGUUGUUCUACUGCACAACACUAGUAUCAGCUGGAAAGAUUUCAAAGUGCAUGUGGAAGAGAUGCUUGUAGAAAGUGAUCGGAAGGGGAUAAUGGUGCCUAGAAUGGGACAAGAGAGCAAACAAACUUCCAUCUAUGCAUAUCCUUUUCCAGAAUGCAGGUGUCUACAUGGAUCACAAAAUUUAACCCUUUCAUCUGCUCAGACUCUUCAUUCUAUCGGCCAUAAACCCCAUGCCAUGGUUUAGAAAAACAGAAUAUUCUGUUUUAUUUCCCUGCCGCCUUUCAUUUACAUUUUUUUGAUUGCUCCUGUCCACCAUCAACCCCAUCCCCCUUUCUUUGAAUCCCUUUUGACCCUUUGCAAACCAUGAUCAAGCCUGCCAUGAAGUAGUAGUUAAGCCACUAUUGAUGGAUAUGCAAUAGGCAGGUGUUUGGAUUUUGAGAGACCUUGGUUCUUGUUUUGCUUCUAUAUGAGGGUGCCUAAUCUUCUCCAAUAAAUUAGAUCAACUAACUUUGCAUCUAAGUAUUUCCACAUAGGUCCAAGGACUUAAAAGUUGCAACGAGUGAUGGGCCUUCAGAAUUCCUUUUACAAAGCUUACACAAGGAUGAAGAAGACCAGAUUAGUUUCAAGAUGACUGUUUAUAGCGUUCUUUGCAUAGUUUUAAAACUGUAAAUUUCAUUGAACCCUCCAUCCAUAUAAUAUUGUCAAUUUGGUUCCAUAAA